AUGCUGAAGUUCCGUGUGGUCAGCGGGGGCCUGAGGCUCCUGAGUGUCCGCCGCGCCUCCACUAUCCCCGCUGCCUCCCCAAAUGUCCGGCGCCUGGAGUACAAGCCCAUCAAGAAGGUCAUGGUGGCCAACCGAGGUGAGAUCGCCAUCCGCGUGUUCCGGGCCUGCACGGAGCUGGGCAUCCGCACAGUGGCCAUCUACUCGGAGCAGGACACGGGCCAGAUGCACCGGCAGAAGGCAGACGAGGCCUACCUGAUCGGCCGUGGCCUCGCCCCAGUGCAGGCUUACCUGCAUAUCCCAGACAUCAUCAAGGUGGCCAAGGAGAACGACGUGGACGCGGUGCACCCUGGCUACGGGUUCCUGUCCGAGCGAGCGGACUUCGCCCAGGCCUGCCACGAUGCCGGGGUCCGGUUCAUUGGGCCUAGCCCCGAGGUGGUGCGCAAGAUGGGUGACAAGGUGGAGGCCCGGGCCAUUGCCAUCGCUGCAGGUGUCCCUGUGGUCCCAGGCACAGACGCCCCCAUCACCUCCCUCCACGAGGCCCAUGAGUUCUCCAACACCUAUGGCUUCCCCAUCAUCUUCAAGGCCGCCUACGGGGGCGGGGGGCGUGGCAUGAGGGUCGUCCACAGCUACGAGGAACUGGAGGAAAACUACACAAGGGCCUACUCAGAGGCCCUGGCCGCCUUCGGGAACGGGGCACUGUUUGUAGAGAAGUUCAUUGAGAAGCCACGUCACAUCGAGGUGCAGAUCUUGGGUGACCAGUACGGGAACAUCCUACACCUGUAUGAGCGAGACUGCUCCAUCCAGCGGCGGCACCAGAAGGUGGUGGAAAUCGCGCCUGCUGCCCACCUGGACCCCCAGCUCCGAUCCCGGCUCACCAGUGACUCCGUCAAGCUUGCUAAGCAGGUGGGCUAUGAGAACGCGGGCACUGUGGAGUUUCUGGUGGACAAACACGGCAAACAUUACUUCAUCGAGGUCAACUCCCGGCUGCAGGUGGAGCACACGGUCACCGAAGAGAUCACGGAUGUGGACUUGGUCCACGCUCAGAUCCACGUGGCCGAGGGCAGGAGCCUGCCGGACUUGGGCCUGCGACAGGAGAACAUUCGUAUCAACGGCUGUGCCAUCCAGUGCCGAGUCACCACAGAGGACCCCGCACGCGGCUUCCAGCCCGACACUGGCCGCAUUGAGGUGUUCCGGAGCGGAGAGGGCAUGGGCAUCCGCCUGGACAACGCCUCUGCCUUCCAGGGCGCCAUCAUCUCCCCACACUACGACUCCCUCCUAGUCAAGGUCAUCGCCCAUGGCAAAGACCACCAAACUGCGGCCACCAAGAUGAGCAGGGCUCUGGCCGAGUUCCGCGUCCGUGGAGUGAAGACGAAUAUCCCAUUCCUGCAAAAUGUACUCAACAACCAGCAGUUCCUGGCAGGGACCGUGGACACUCAGUUCAUCGACGAGAACCCAGAGCUCUUCCAGCUGCGGCCCGUGCAGAACCGCGCACAGAAGUUGCUGCAUUACCUGGGCCAUGUCAUGGUGAAUGGCCCCACCACCCCAAUCCCUGUCAAGGCCAGCCCCAGCCCCACUGACCCUGUGGUCCCCACAGUGCCUAUAGGCCCACCCCCGGCUGGCUUCAGGGACAUCCUGCUGCGAGAGGGGCCUGAGGGCUUUGCCCGAGCAGUGCGCAACCACCAGGGGCUGCUGCUGAUGGACACAACCUUCAGGGAUGCUCACCAGUCGCUGCUGGCCACCCGUGUGCGCACCCACGACCUCAAGAAGAUUGCUCCCUAUGCCGCCCACAACUUCAGCAGCCUUUUCAGCAUGGAGAACUGGGGAGGAGCCACGUUUGACGUAGCGAUGCGCUUCCUGUACGAGUGUCCCUGGCGGCGGCUGCAGGAGCUCCGGGAACUCAUCCCCAACAUCCCCUUCCAGAUGCUGCUGCGUGGGGCCAACGCCGUGGGCUACACCAACUACCCCGACAACGUGGUCUUCAAGUUCUGCGAGGUGGCCAAGGAGAACGGCAUGGACGUCUUCCGGGUCUUCGACUCCCUCAACUACCUGCCCAACCUGCUGCUGGGCAUGGAGGCGGCGGGGGCGGCGGGCGGCGUGGUGGAGGCGGCCAUCUCCUACACGGGCGACGUGGCUGACCCCCGGCGCACCAAGUACUCGCUGCAGUACUACCUGGGCCUGGCUGAGGAGCUGGUGCGCGCCGGCACCCACAUCCUGUGCAUCAAGGACAUGGCGGGGCUGCUGAAGCCCGCGGCCUGCACCAUGCUGGUGGGCUCGCUGCGUGACCGCUUCCCCGACCUCCCGCUGCACAUCCACACGCACGACACGUCCGGCGCCGGUGUGGCCGCCAUGCUGGCCUGCGCCGAGGCGGGGGCCGAUGUGGUGGACGUGGCCGCCGACUCCAUGUCCGGGAUGACGUCACAGCCCAGCAUGGGGGCCCUGGUGGCCUGCACCCGCGGGACCCCCCUGGACACAGGGGUCCCCCUGGAGCGGGUGUUUGAUUACAGCGAGUACUGGGAGGGGGCCCGGGGGCUGUACUCGGCCUUCGACUGCACGGCCACCAUGAAGUCCGGCAACUCGGACGUGUACGAGAACGAGAUCCCGGGGGGCCAGUACACCAACCUGCACUUCCAGGCCCACAGCAUGGGGCUGGGCGCCAAGUUCAAGGAGGUCAAGAAGGCCUACGUGGAGGCCAACCAGAUGCUGGGCGAUCUCAUCAAGGUGACACCCUCCUCCAAGAUCGUGGGGGACCUGGCCCAGUUCAUGGUGCAGAAUGGGCUGAGCCGGGCGGAGGCCGAGGCCCAGGCCGAGGAGCUGUCCUUCCCCCGCUCGGUGGUGGAGUUCCUGCAGGGCUACAUUGGGGUCCCCCACGGCGGCUUCCCCGAGCCCCUGCGCACUAAGGUGUUAAAGGACCUGCCUCGAGUGGAGGGGCGGCCCGGGGCCUCCCUGCCUCCCCUGGACCUGCAGGCGCUGGAGAAGGAGCUGAUCGAGCGGCACGGGGAGGAGGUGACCCCCGAGGACGUGCUCUCAGCAGCCAUGUACCCCGACGUCUUUGCCCACUUCAAGGACUUCACGGCCACCUUCGGCCCCCUGGACAGCCUCAACACUCGCCUCUUCCUGCAAGGACCCAAGAUCGCUGAGGAGUUCGAGGUGGAGCUAGAGCGGGGCAAGACGCUGCACAUCAAGGCUCUGGCCAUGAGCGACCUAAACCGCGCUGGCCAGCGGCAGGUCUUCUUUGAGCUCAACGGGCAGCUGCGCGCCAUCCUGGUCAAGGACACGCAGGCCAUGAAGGAGAUGCACUUCCACCCCAAGGCCCUGAAGGACGUGAAGGGCCAGAUUGGGGCGCCCAUGCCCGGGAAGGUGAUUGACAUCAAGGUGGCAGCUGGCGCCAAGGUGACCAAAGGCCAGCCUCUGUGUGUGCUCAGUGCCAUGAAGAUGGAGACUGUGGUGACCGCACCAAUGGACGGCACUGUCCGCAAGGUCCACGUGACCACAGACAUGACACUGGAGGGGGACGACCUGAUCCUGGAGAUUGAAUGA